AUUACCUACCACUAUUCACUUUAGUAGUUAAUGUAUUUAUUCGAGACAUAGAUAGAUAAUCGUUUGAGUUUAUUCGUUUUACAGCACUAGACAACCUAAAUCAUAAAUGUUGGACUUUGUAUUUUGUAACCUCUGUCAUCUGUGUUUUUAGGAAAAGUUUUUACUAUUAAUCUAAUAUAAAUUAAAGAUAUUACCUAUAUAAUGUUUGCUCCAAGUAGUAGGCAUUUGUUCUUGUCUGCGCAGUUGCGACGACUGCAAAGCACUUUGGUCAUAGCAGAACACAAUAAUGAGGCAUUAUCACCAGCCACACAGAAUGCGUUAAGUGCUGCCAAGAAAAUCGGUGGCGAUAUUUCUGUUCUUGUAGCUGGUACCAAAUGUGGCCCGGCUGCAGACAAAUUGUCCAAAGCUGGCGGUAUUUCCAAGGUUCUUGUUGCUGAAAGUGAUGCUUUCAAGGGUUUCCCAGCAGAAAGCCUCACACCUUUAAUCUUAGCAACUCAAAAACAAUUCAAUAUUACGCAUAUCUUAGCGCCAGCCACUGCUUUUGGCAAGGCAUUACUGCCAAGAGUUGCUGCAAAGUUGGAUGUAUCUCCCAUCACCGAUAUUAUAGGUGUUAAAGAUGCUAACACAUUUGUUAGGACAAUUUAUGCAGGUAAUGCGGUGCUAACACUCGAAGCUAAGGAUGCAAUCAAGGUCAUCACAGUAAGGAGUACCGCAUUCCCUGCUGACCCUCUUGAGGGCGGGUCUGCAGGUGUCGACAAAGCUCCGGAAGGCAAUUACAAGAGUGACCUUGUCGAGUUUGUGUCCCAGGAAAUCACAAAGUCUGACAGGCCUGAACUUACCAGCGCUAAGAACAUUGUAUCUGGAGGUCGCGGGUUGAAGUCCGGCGACAACUUCAAGCUUCUCUACGAUCUUGCCGACAAGCUGAACGCGGCGGUGGGAGCGUCUCGUGCUGCGGUGGACGCCGGCUUCGUGCCCAACGAUCUGCAGAUCGGACAGACCGGCAAGAUCGUCGCGCCUGACCUAUACAUCGCUGUGGGAAUCAGCGGCGCCAUCCAACAUCUGGCGGGAAUGAAGGACUCCAAGACUAUUGUCGCUAUCAACAAGGAUCCUGAGGCGCCCAUCUUCCAGGUAUCAGACUACGGCCUGGUAGCAGAUUUGUUCAAGGCGGUGCCAGAGUUAACAUCAAAAUUGUGAAGUUGUUUGUAGUUGUCCCGUUAGUCGCACAAUUGUGAAUAUUUGAUAUUUCUUUACUGUAUACCUAUUUACCGAGAUUUAUAAAAAUAUAUUAUACACCAUGUGCUUAUUGGGUAAUUUGUAAGAAAUAAAGUUUGUUAAAAUAUUUA